CACUGUACUCUACCCGUACACCAGCUGUACUCCAACUGUACUUCAAUUUUAAAGUCUCGCUUUUUUCCCCUUGGGUGUGGGUGGGUAUGGGGUGUGGAUGUGGAUAGGUGAGUGUGUGUACACUGUAAAAAAAAAAGGUGUUCUACCAAACUUUGAAGGUUUCGCAAUGGUUUUCGAAACCAUUUUAAGUUCCGUGGGAUGAAAAAGGUUUCGUAGUCUUCAUACUGAACCUUUUUAAGUUCCGAAAACCGACGUAGGUUUCGAAGUUUCACGACGAAACCCUCCUAGAGUUUCGUGCACUGUGUACUGAACUUUCGGAGGUUUCGUAGGUUUCGUACGAAACCGUUGAGAGUUUCGUAGAGCAUCUAAAGGUUCCGUAGCAGUUCUACGAAACCUUUCAUAGUUUCAUAAGUGCUCUUAUGGUUCCGGAGAUGUGGCACGAAACCAGCCGUGGUUUCGUAAAAGAUAUACCGAACCAUUACAUCGUUUACAAAGCUAUGAAUAGUUUCGUACAAUUUAUACUGAACCUUUUGAUGUUUUACGAAACCUCUGAUAGUUUCGUGGAACAGACAAAGGUUCCGUAUAUCUUAUACGGAUCUAUCAAAAGUUUCGUAAAACAUGAAAAGGUUCGGCAUGCACUAUACGAAACUGUUCAUAGUUUCGUAAAUGAUGUAAUGGUUCUGUAUAUCUUUUACGAAACCAUGGCUAGUUUCGUACAACCUUUCCGUAAUUAUUAGAGCGCUUAUGCACCUAUGAAUGGCUUCGUAGAACUAAUACGAAACCUUUAGAUGCUCUGCGAAACUGCCAAUGGUUUUGUGACAUAUAUACAAAACCUUCAGAUAAAUGACGAAGCUUUUAAUGAUUUCGUAUAAAAUAUACGAAACUAUUGUAUGCAUUUCGAAAUUAUCAAUGGUUUCGUAAAAUGUCUCCGAAAUCUGUCCAACAUUUACGAAACUAUGCAUGGUUCCGUAAAGAUAUGCCGAACCAUUGCAUCAUUCAUGAAACUAUCGAUGGUUUCGUAUCACGUAUACGGAACCUUUAGAUACUUUACGAAAACAGCAAUGGUUUUGUAUACUGUAUACAGAACCAUUAUAGUUUUUGCGAAACCAUCAAUUGUUCCGUACAAAUUGUACGGAACCAUUUUACUACUUGCCGAACUAAGGAUGGUUCCAGAUUCUACAUACGGAACCUCUAGAUGUUCCACGGAACUAUCAAUGGUUUCGUAGAAUGUGUCUAGAACCAAAAUAAAGAUUGAAAAUCCAUCCAUAGUUCCGUAAAAUUUCUACGGAGCCAUUUUACUAGAUGCGGAACUAAGGAUGGUUCCAGAUUCUACAUACGGAACCUCUAGAUGUUCCAUGAAACUAUCAAUGGUUUCGUAGAAUGUAUCCAGAACCAAAAUAAAGAGUGAAAAUCCAUCAAUAGUUCCGUAAAAUUUCUACGGAACCAUUUUACCAGAUGCGGAACUCAGGAUGGUUUCGGAUUCUAUAUACAGAACCUCUAGAUGUUCCAUGAAACUAUCAAUGGUUUCGUAGAAUGUGUCCGGAACCACAAUAAAGAUUGCAAAUCCAUCAAUAGUUCCGUACAAAUUGUAGGGAACCAUUUUACUACUUGCCGAACUAAGGAUGGUUCCAGAUUCUACAUAUGGAACCUUUAGAUGUUCUACGAAGCUAUCAAUGGUUUCGUAGAAUGUGGUCGGAACCACAAUAAAGAUUCCGAAUCCAUCAAUAGUUCCGUAAAAUUUCUACGGAGCCAUUUUACUAGAUGCGGAACUAAUGAUGGUUUCGUGUUCUAUACUCGAAACUUUUAGAUAUACUAUGGAACUAUCAAUGGUUUCGUAUAAUGUAUACGACUCUAUUUUACCACUUACGGAACUAGCGGUAAUUUCGUACUGUAUAUACACAACGAGUAUUGGUUUCGUACAAUGUACACGAAACCAUUAUAUCACACUUACAAAAUCAUCGGAAGUUUUGAAUAACAAAUACGGAAUAUUUUGAUGUUCUGGAUAGCCACUCAUGGUUUUGUUAGUUAGCUAAAUGCUCUCUUUUAUUGCACAAUGUCAACGAUAGUUUCGCAAAAUGACUUUGGUUUUAUCAGUUCUCAUGUGGAGACUGUUCAAAUUCUAGCAAGCUGUGGCUGGGUCUCUCUGCUUCGUUUAAAAGCAUAUGCCAUAAUGUAUUCUAUCGAAAAUUUCUUAUUUAUUCGUUUGGCUAGGAAUGUUUCACUGUUCGCUAUAAUGCUUUACUAGAGAACACUCGUCGACACAAAAAAGCGUAUUAGCGAACAUUGGAGGUAUAAGAAGGGAAUAUUGAAAAAGUGUCCGUACAAAUACAUAAUGCAUAAGCCAGAGAAAAAGAUUAGGGGAUGGCACAGUCAGAUGAUCAUACAGGUAAUGUCAGCUUUAUUUAUCGACUCCAGAUACUAGUUAACUAAGUGUCGAGAGAUAAAUUUAUAAUAUUUAGAGUUCACCGAAAUAAGAAAAGCACAUUUUGGAUGUGGGUCUGAGUAUGGGUGUACGUUUGAGUGUGGUUUUGAUUCUUUGCUUUAUCCGUACCAAUGAUCCACCCACACCCACAAUUUUUACGGUUACCCAACCAACGCUUUCUAGGCUAGAAUUUUCCAAAACAUGCGCAUUUAUUCUUUCCCCGAUAAUUUCACAUGCGUACUAUCAUUUAUAAUAUUAAGCAUCAACAUUGAGUAGUUAAUAAAUAUCUAUAAGGAGAAUCAUCAAUUAGGUAAUCUAACUUGAUGAGGUUCACCAUGGAGUAGAUGAUUAAUAUGUAUGAGGACCAGCAAUAGGUAAGUCAUCUGUAUCAUCGAGGGUCAACAUUAAGCAUAUGGUCAAUACCCAGGUCAAUUAUGCUCGGCUGUGCACAGUCAUAUGCCAACUAAUUAUGGAGGACAAGAGUGAGCAUUUCCGCCAGACCUUUACAACCACAACUGUAAACGACGCUCCACGGCAUAUUACAGUCAGUGUACAUGACAUCCGUAAUAGUCAGUCGUAAACGGCUAGUGUAACGAAACGGCACCCGUAUACGCUCUUUGUAAGCCAACGUAAAACGACGUAUUCAUGAGAAGUUUACGGCACUUCCUUCUGCCAAUAGUUAAUGACAGGAUACGUUGCAUUACAACAAUCGAAAACAAUGACUAUGAACAAUGGUUGUUGACGAACAUGGUAGCAACACAGGGACUGUAAACAAGCAUACCAUAAACCAUUGUCAUGUACCGUACACGCUAGGUGUUAUCGAAUAACGUAUCCACCGAUUGUCAACAACCGUUUAACUGAUAAUACAUCUAUCCCGAAACAACCUAACGAAACAGCCAUUCUUUUCGACUAUUAACUAAGUGAGAACGAUGUACCAGAUUAUCGAUCCAUCUCAACUCACAAAUCAGAUGGCCAGAUAGCACUUUACUGCUAUAAGAAAACCCCAGCACUUCGAUAUGUAGGUCCUUUAGAAGAGCAUCUCCGACACUUCAGAAACGACUAAAACGUAACACCAACAUGGUCUCGAAAUGAGGAAGAAAACAGCUCCUACAAUUUCAUCGCUCAACUUCAUUUGACCGAUCGAAUCACCGAAUUCUGUUUCUUGUGCAACUCGAAGCCGGAGGCCCAAACAUGUACCCGUCAUUCAAUAGAACAUCCCCACUAACGCUAGAAUCGACCAUAACGUGAAGAGUAGUUGUACUUACAAUAAGAAAGUAAGUCCCACUGAGAUCUCAUUGACCCAUUUAAUUGACCACUCAGAACAUGAUAUUCAAUUUCUUCAUGAAACACAAGGCGAGGACCCACACAUAUACCCAUUAUUUGAUGGAAUGUCCCCAAUAAUCCUAAGAUCGGCUCAAACAUGGCUAGUACUUGUCUUUAAAAUAAGGAAGAGAAGCCAUCCAGAAAUUUUAUAGGUAAAAGAUGAUCCAAUCAAAUUGUACAUAGCGUUCUUAAUUAUACACUGUUUUGUUUCGCGUCACACGCACAUGUGUACCAGUAAAUUUAUGACCUCUACCUAACAUAAUAGACAAGAGUGCGACGCUAAUACUUCUCACAGCUAUCCCUCGUUUCUGCUUGCUAUUCUACUUCAUCACUUAUGAGCAAGGAGUGGACCCAUACAUAUACCCAUCAUUUGAUACAGCGUCUCCAGUAACCCUACGAGCGACCUGGCCAUGAGUAGUACUUGUCCUUACAGUAAGGAGGAAAAGUCCUCCUAAAAUCUCAUUGGUCCAUUUCAUUGACCGUUGAAAGCGCGAUAUUCUAUUUCUUUAUGGAAAUCGAGGACGGAAUUCAUACAUCUACCCAUCAUUUGAUAGAGCACCUCCGAUAACUCUAGGAUCGGACCAAACAUUACUAGUCCUUGUCCUUAGAAUAAGGAAGAAAAGCCCUACUGGAAUCUGAUUGGUCCAUUUAGUUGAUCAGUGAAGGUGCAAUAUUCUAUUUCUCCCAAGGGGGAAACAGCGGACUUCAAGACUUCAAGACUUUAAAAGACUUCAACAGACUUCAACAGACUUCGCCCGCUGUGACUUCAUCUUUUCACAAGACUUCGAAAGACUUCUAAAGACUUCUGAAGACUUCAUAGGACUUCAAAUGACUUCGCAAGACUUCAUAAGACUUCGUAUGACUUCAUGGGACCUCAUGGGACUUCAAAAAACUUUCAAAGACUUCGUUAGACUUCACAGACUUCGUGAGACUUCAGGGACUUCAUGAGACUUCACGGAUUUCAUGAGACUUCAGAGACUUUGUAGGACUUCUUGAGACUUUAUAAGACUUCAUCAGACUUCAUAAGACUUCACAAGACUUUAUAAAACUUCACAAGACUUCACAAAACUUCACAAAACUUCACAAGACUUCACAAGACUUCACAAAACUUCAGAAGACUUCACAGGACUUCAAGAGGCAGAUUCCAUGCGUAUCAAAAGAAACCUUAUAGAAAUUACAAGAAACCUCUAUAACAUGCAAAAAAACAAAACUUAUCAAAUAGUAGGGGUGUCAUUUACCGUUUACUUUAUAAUAAAUAUAAAUUAUUUAUCAUUUAAUUUACGCGCAAAUUAAAUGGAAAGUAAAUAUAAAUUGACACCCUUAUUCAUAACUGAGUAACUAGUAUCUUCCGAGAACCACGAACAGGAAUGAUAUUGAAAAUUGAUUGCUCCCAAAAGUCUGUUUUGUGGAACUCACGUAUAUUUUCAAAGAAAAUAGUGAGUGUACGUUUUCAGUUUGAGGUUUGAUGGCUCUCUCUCCCCCCACCCCAUUAUAGACACUUAGCAACGGAGAAAGAGAACAUUACAGACAUACUCCCCAACCCCCCCCCCCAUUACAGCCCUUAGCAACGAGUAUUAAAUAAUGGUGAAAAUAUUAUUUUAGCUGCAUUUAAUCGUGCAAAAGAACUAGUUAGUAAUUUGAAUAUAUUACCUUCAUUAAAGAAAUGCAAUGCUUGUGAACUUAAUGGUUUAAGUAAAAAUAUAUUUGAUAGUAUUAGAUUCAACAUUAAUUCGGAUACUUAUUCGGCAACGGAUGCAGAUUCUUCAUCAGAUUCUGAAUCUGAUUAUGAUGAUGAAACAAUGGAAAGUAAUGAAUUUAAUAGUGAUCUAAUCAAUGUGGAUGAAGAAGAUAAAGAUGCUGCAACGACACAAAGUGUUGAUGGAAUUAAAACUGAGAAAAUAAAUUUUACUGGUAUGCGUAUAUUUGAUUCGAUCAAUCCAGCAAUGAAAAACUUCUAUUUUCAAGUGCAAAUAAAUAACAAGACUAAAUUUAUACACAAGCAAACGGCUUGUUGGUUAUUAACUGACAAAGCUAGCCGUUUAUCGGCUGAUAGAUUAUCACGAGUGAUAGAAACAAACAAAAAGGAUUAA